GUGAAGUGUCAAGCGAAAACUUAUCGUGCCUUGUUCACGUUAAAAUUGUAGGAUGUCGUAAUUGCAACAUUUAAGUUCUUAUAUAUAUUUUAUUUUACUUUAAGCCACCAUAAAUUAUAUUUUAUCCACGUUUGUUUAGUUAAUGUUGUAUAGACACGCUUUUAUAUCUCUCAAAUACAAUUUAGAGGUUAAGUAAUGCUUGCUUAGUCUGUGGUCUAAGUUAUAAUCUUUAUUUUCAAAUUAGUUUGUAUAAACUAACUGAAUUUAUUACAUCAAUAACAAUUAUGGAAUUUUUUGUUGAACUAUAACGUAUUUCCAAUAUCAGAAGGAUGAUGAACUAUGCAAUCAAACCUAGAUCAAGGACUUUCUUUAAAAAUUUUAGAUUGUGGAUUUGUCUGAUCAUCAGUAGUAUGGUCAUUUUCACCUUGAUUUUGUUUAACAGACAAAAUGAUUUGGGAAUCAAAGUAUAUGAUUCUACAGUAAAAUUUCCUGAGAUUCUCAGGGCUGGGAAAUUCCUGACUGGAGAGAUUCUUGCAGCAGAUGAUACUAAAGUGAUAAAGCGGCUAGCAAGCAAUUUCUUAGUGCCUCCUCCUGAAGUAGGACCUAAAUUUAAGUACAACCUAGAAAAUCCCAAGCUUAAAGAUACUUCAAUGGGACAAGCUGAACAGAUUAGAAAAGUUCUAAACAAUAAGAGGAACGGGUUCUUCAUAGAGUGUGGUGCGCUGGAUGGUGAGACUCGCUCCAACACUCUCUACCUGGAGAGGUUCCUAGACUGGACAGGACUGCUGAUAGAGGCAGAUCCCCUCAACUUUAGCCAGAUACUCCACAUAAACUAA